AUGGCGAAGGAUUUAAAUUUCGGUGUACCGUUCUUUAAAACCAUACAAUCUUCCAAAAACAACAACGGCAGUGGCGGUGGCAACGGCGGUAGCAGCAGCAGCGGCAACAAGAAACGUCGCAAGUCGAGGACAGCAUUCACGAACAAGCAGAUCUUUGAGCUGGAGAAGAGGUUCGUGUAUCAGAAGUAUCUGACACCUGUCGACAGAGAUGAGAUAGCACAGGCUCUAGGCCUUUCAAACGCCCAGGUAAUCACGUGGUUUCAGAACAGACGCGCCAAACUAAAGAGGGACAUGGAGGAACUGAAAGCUGACGUCAUAGCUGCUAAAUCGCUGGGAAAGGAAGUUGUGGGCGGAACCUUAGUAGGCGGGAUUGAAGAACUUCUGCAGGGAACGUGUGAGACUUUGAAGAAAAAGGCUCCAAUCAAAUCGUCACAACAACAUCAGCAACAAUCGCUCAACCAAUCGCAACAUCUUAAUCAUAACGCACCCGACCGAUCACCUGCAGGGCAGCAGAUGCAUUCGCCACUGGGAACGAUGCAAGUCUUCAACCAUUCACCGAUUGUUUUGCACGGUCUAAACCAUUUAACCAAUCACGAUAGACGAAGUUCUGAGAUGAGUUUUGAUUCGUCAAGUAAACUGUAUUCUCCACAAAAUCUAAGCUCUGAUUGGGCUAAGCAUAAUCGAUCCAACCAAUCAAAAAGCAGAGAAUGUAACAAAGACAACGCCGAUGAAGAUACUGAACUGAGCUGA